UACAAACCGAAAUCAAUGAAAUGAGAGCUUUACUACAUCAAGAAGAUACAGAGAGCACGUCAAGGCAGGAGUUGAAGGACGAUAUUGAACGCAAAGAAAAACAAUUAGCUGAAUUGCAUAAAAUGGAGACCGAGCUAUCAUUACCCAGGCUUUCAGAGCGGCCUAGUGUGUUAACGGAGAAAAUGCUAGCAUACCAAAAAGACGAACUGAUUAAAAAAGACAAAAAACUGCUGAGUCUUUAUGAACAAUGGAAAGGGCUAAUCAGAACAUCCAGAGAAAGUCUGAAGACUGACUUAUCAGAGCACAAGUUGUGUGAAAUGGCCGACGAGAUUGAAAAGGGCUUGAACAACAUGAUGGUGUACAGUGAAAUAAGGGAAUGUGCUAUGCCAUCCCCUGACACAAGACGUAAAAUGGACUCUUGUGAAGCAGUAACUAAGGACAUUAUGAAAAUCCUUAAUGAACGUAUAACAGCAAUCGAUGGUGAUUUUGAAGCAGAUAGAGAAAGGCAACGCCUUCAUCAGCUACUGUCACACCAGUACGCCCACUCCAUCUACGGUACCGCCUCUCAGUCUAGCGUUUGUAAGCAGUCUGACACGUCAAGCAUCGCAGCCAAAAGGAUUGAUGCAGCUGCGGAGUUGGCUGCAAAGGAAGCAGAAUAUAAAAUCGUGCAGGAGGAAAUUAAACAAAAGGAAAAAAUGAAAGAUAUAGAAUCUGAACUUGAGCGCUUAAAGGCAGAAAGGGAAAUGCAAGCUGCUCGCGCAAAACUUGAGAUCUACGACAGAGAAAUGAACAUGGAUAUAGAUCAUCAGCAAAUAAAACCGAACAAUAUGACUCUCUCUGUUGACCAUCAGUCUAUUCAUGAAGCACUAGCUCCCACUAGUGGUUUACCUCCAUUAAUGCCACAAAACAAUGUGUCUAUCCAUAUGUCAAAUCACACUGUGAACAAUCCAAACCCUCAAGUCGUCACUCCAGCACCUCCCACGGACAUUUCCCAAUUGGCACAAGCAAUUCAAAACAGUAUCGCCAUAAACAGAAUCCCAGUGCCAAUGCCCACAGUAUUCAGCGGAGACCCAAUUAACUACAUUGAAUGGAAAGCUUCAUUCUCUUCACUUGUAGAUUGCAAAGGGAUCUCACCUGCUGAUAAGCUUCACUUGCUCAAAAGGUACGUCACAGGCCCAGCACAAAAUGUCUUGAGGGCACGUUCUAUCGCAGUGACAAAGAGGCAUACAAGGAUGCAUGGCAGAAGCUUGAGCAACGUUAUGGACCGCCUUUUGUUGUGCAAACAGCUUUCAGAGACAAACUGGCAAAAUGGCCUAAAAUAAGCUCAAAGGAUGCAGAAGGAUUAAGGACCUUUUCAGACUUUCUAAAUGCAUGUCUCCAAGCCACACCAUAUGUAAAAGGCCUAGAAAUACUAAGUGACUGCGAGGAAAAUCAAAAAUUGCUGCAGAAAGUUCCUGAUUGGCUGGCGGUCCGUUGGAAUCGCCAGGUCACAGUUACACUUAUGGGCGGCAAGGAUUUUCCCUCUUUUAAGGACUUUGCAGAAUUCGUGGCAGUCGAGGCAGAGAUCGCAUGCAACCCCGUCACUUCUUCGUAUGCUCUUCACUCAUGCAGCUCAGCCUACGAGAAAAGGACCACAAAGGACUUUAAACCAAACAGAUCCACUCAAGUCUUCACAACACAAACCACAGUACAAAACAACAAGGCAGGGACAAGCAACACAAAAUUAAAGGUACCCUGCAUGUUUUGCAAAGAUGAAAAACACCAGUUGUCAAAGUGCCCUAACUUUUCAGAUCUGCACUUAGAAGAGAAGCGCACAUAUGUUAAGGACAAUAAACUGUGCUAUGGAUGCCUAAAAGGGGGCCAUAACGCCAAAGAUGGUUGUCAUUGCCACACUUGUGACAUUUGCAAAGGAAGGCAUCCCACUUGUCUGCACAAUGACAAUCACAAGGCAUAUGAAAGGUCACGAAGCUCUGACAACACCGCUCCAAGCACUCCAAAUGAAACCACGUCAGUCACAGCUCUCAACGUUACUAAGGUGGGCCAGUCUAGUAGCACAUCUAUGAUUGUUCCUGUAUGGGUGUCCACAGUUCAGAGCCCGUCUAAAGAGCAAUUAGUUUACGCACUAUUAGACACACAAAGUGACAGCACAUUUGUCUGUGAAGAAGUAAGUAACCAGCUACAAGCAGACACUCACCCUGUAAAGUUAAAACUAACUACCAUGCUAGGUGUUCACUCCAUUGUUAAGAGUAACAGAGUAUCUGGAUUGCGUGUGAGAGGAUAUGACUCAGACAUUCGCAUCGACCUACCCCCUUCAUAUACCAAGGACUUUAUUCCAGUUAACUAUGACAACAUACCCACUAGUGACACAGCGAAACAAUGGCCCCACCUGACAGAAAUUGCUGAUAAUAUGCCACCUCUUCUGAGUUGUGAUGUUGGACUCCUUAUCGGAUUUAACUGUCCCAGAACUUUAGCUCCAAGACAAGUUCUACUAGGAGAGGGUGAGGAGCCAUAUGCAAUCCGCACAGACCUAGGGUGGAGUAUCGUUGGAGGCUCCACACCAGUGCUCACUGAAACUCAGUCAAGUUUGUGUCAUAGAGUCACAAUAAAGGAAUUACCCCCUAUAACUCCCAUGGACGUGAUUAGUGUGCUAGAGUCAGAUUUUAAGGACACAAAAGCAAGUGACAAAACGGUCUCACAAGAGGAUCUCAUCUUUUUGGACAAGCUUAAGGAGGGAAUAAGGAAAAACGAACAAGGACACUGUGAGAUGCCUCUGCCAUUCAGACAAAGGCCACACUUACCCAACAACAGAAAGCUUGCUGAAAUCAGACUCGAACACUUAAAGCAAAAGUUCAACAAAGACGAAAAGUACAAAAGAGACUAUAUAGCUUACAUGAAGGACAUUAUUGAGAGGGGUGACGUCGAAGAAGUACACAAUGAAGGAAAACAAGGUGAACAAUGGUACAUCCCCCAUCACGGGAUUUAUCACCCCAAAAAGCCCACUAAACUUCGCGUUGUCUUCGAUUGUUCAGUCAAACACAAGGGUACAAGUCUAAACGAACAUCUUCUCCAAGGGCCGGACCUGAUUAACAAUCUAACAGGCAUCCUUCUGCGGUUCAGACAACAUUCUAUUGCUCUAAUGUGCGAUAUAGAGAAGAUGUUCCACCAGUUCCACGUCCAGCGGUGCGACAGAGAUUACCUGAGUUUUCUGUGGUGGAAAAACGGCAACACAGAUACACAGCCACGAGUAUACAGAAUGAAGGUACAUCUUUUUGGUGCGACAUCAUCCCCAGGCUGUGCGAACUACGGACUAAAGUAUUUGGCUAAAGAAUACUGUCACACGCACCCUGUAGGAUCUGAGUUCAUGGAAAAGGACUUCUAUGUGGAUGAUGGAGUUACAAGCACAGACACAGUUGAAAAGGCAAUACAGCUCGCAAAAGAGGCCACAGAGGUAUGCAAGCAAGGAGGGCUCCGUCUGCACAAAUUUAUCUCAAAUAGCUGUUCUACAAAGCAUCCCCCCAUCUGAAUGGGCAGUAGAGACAAAAACAAAGGACUUAACGUUCAAAGACAUGCCACAAGAAAGGGCCUUAGGCGUCCAAUGGAACGUUGAGAGGGACUGUUUCCAAUUUGACAACACUUUAAAAGACCAACCAGCAACACGUCGAGGUAUCUUAUCCACUGUUGCAUCCAUCUAUGACCCCCUUGGCUUCCUGGCGCCAAAUGUGUCACCAAGGCAUCAACUGGGAUGACUCCCUACCAGAAGCACUGAGGCCAAGGUGGGAGAGCUGGCAACGUGACUUUGCCAACUUAGACAAGGUAAACAUAAGUCGUUGUUACCUUCCUGUUAGUUUUGGAGAGCUUAAAGAAAUAGAGUUGCACCACUUUUCAGACGCAAGCACGAGUGGUUAUGGACAAUGCACCUAUUUGAGAGCCAAAAACAUUAAAGAAGAAAUUCACUGUUCACUGGUAAUAGCCAAAGCCCGUGUUUCUCCUACCAAGCUGACUACAAUCCCCAGACUCGAGCUAACUGCAGCUGUAGUUUCAGUCUCAGUUAGUAAUAUGUUGAGAGAUGAACUCAGCUACGCUCAAAUCAAAGAGUAUUUCUGGACUGAUUCAAAGGUGGUUCUGGGCUACAUAAACAAUGAGUCGCGUCGUUUCCAUACCUUUGUAGCGAAUAGAGUCCAAAAGAUUUGCCUAAGUACAAAUCCUCAGCAAGGGUUUUAUGUGCCAUCUGAAGAGAACCCAGCUGAUAGUGCAUCUAGGGGUAAAUCGGUCACUGACCUUCUCUCAUCCAACUGGUUCACCGGCCCCUCCUUUCUCUGGGAGAGAGACCUACCCACAACACAAAGUGUAGAGCUGGAACCGUCUCUUGGAGAUCCAGAAGUCAGAAAAACAAGGACAAUGUUGACCAAAGUUACAGAGACAUUCAGCCUUGCAGAACGUUUAUCCAAGUUUUCGUCAUGGUCCAAAGCAGUCAAAGCUGUUGCACGUCUCAUAAGAAGGGCCAAGAAAGUCAAAUCAGAUGCACCGGCUACAGUGAGUGAACAAGAAAGUGCAGUACACGUCAUCAUUCAGGAUGUACAAAAACAAACAUAUGGAAAAGAGAUAAAAUUGUUAAGCAAAGGCAACCAGCUCCCACAUCACAACAAACUGUUCCACUUAGACAUUUUCAAGGACACGGACGGUCUCAUCAAGGUCGGAGGGAGACUUUUAUCUAUCAAAGACUCUUUCAAACACCCUAUUGUGAUUCUAAAGGAACAUCAUGUGACCAAACUCAUAAUAGCUCACUGUCAUGACAAAGUAAAACACCAAGGAAAAGGCUUCACCAUAAAUGAAAUCCGAUCCAGUGGCUACUGGAUCCCAGGGAUUAGCAGAACCGUUGCUUCCUUCCUCCGCCAGUGUGUCAUCUGCCUGAGAAUGAGCGACUUAACUGCAGAACGCUUAGAGCCCUCUCCGCCCUUCACAUACAGUAUGGACUGUUUUGGCCCUUUUAUAACUACAGAAGGCCGAAAACAACAUAAACGGUAUGGGCUUUUAUUCACUUGCUUUUGCUCCCGCGCCAUUCACAUUGAGCUAUUAGAAGACUUAUCCACGGACACAUUCAUUAAUGCAUUAAGGUGUUUCAUUUCUAUCAGAGGUGCAGUUCGCCAAAUUCAGUGUGAUCAGGGAACAAACUUUGUUGGCGCAAAAAAUGAGUUUAAAGCUGCCCUACGUGAAUUGGACACCCAAAGACUGAGUACUUAUCUGUCCCAAAAACAAUGUGACUUUGUGUUGAAUGCACCUCACUCCAGUCACGCAGGUGGAGUGUGGGAACGCCAGAUAACUUGCACAUGGCAGACUUAAUGAUGCUUCAUUAAGGACCUUAUUCUACGAAGCUAUGGCCAUAGUCAAUAGUCGCCCAUUGACUGUAGACAACCUUAACAACCCUGACAGCUUGGAACCACUUACCCCUAACCACUUGCUCCACAUGAAAUCCAUCACAACACUGCCCCCACCUGGUGCUUUCCCAAAAGAGGACCUCUAUGGAGCAAAUAGAUGGCGUCGUGUGCAGUUUUUGACUGAGCAGUUCUGGUGCAGGUGGAGGCGUGAGUAUCUGCACAACAUUAUGGCCAGGAAGCGCUGGCACUCACCAAAAAGGAAUCUAAAAGUAGGUGAUGUUGUGUUGGACAUUGAUGAACUGUCGCCCAGAGGUGAAUAGAAACUUGCCAGAGUCCUGGAGACUGUUAGCGACAAGGACGGACUCGUGAGAAGAGUGAAAAUCUCCUUUGGAGAUAAGAGACUGAAUAACAAAGGUCAACGCAGUAAUACGCUCCCUAUUAUAGAGCGUCCUGUGCAAAAGCUAAUUCUGAUAUUAGAAUGUUCAUAAGCUAAUUAAGAGGAAUGGUUAAUUCAUGUUGAAAAUUCUUCGUUGUUGUUAUACUGUUAUAACAGACACUCAUAAUUUGGUGGGAGUGUAAAUAACCAUAUGUAUGUUUUGUUACAAAAUAUAGUGACUUUAUAGUGACUAGUCUUUUACUUUGAAAUUUUUGUAUUGAAACGGACUUCCGGUCUAAAGCUAUGCGCCUUUUGUUUUGCUUUGGAAGCACACACGUCUGGCUAACGCAGUUCAUAGCAAUAUCUUCGACACGGAGCCCAGGGUAAACGUCAAAUUCAUACUUGCAGCCCUUCCGAAGAGGCAAAAGCUCUUACGUUGGCGACAUGGUGAACGGAUUAUGGUUCAUAAGGAAUUAAACAUCAUGAAACCAUCAGUAAAAGUCUCAUCUCUGUUCGGGGGGGCAUGCUACACACACGGUUAAAGAUGAAAUAAAAGCCCUCUGUGGGUCUUCAACUGCAGGUUAACAUCAGGGAAGGACAAUAAACCUCUACAGUUUAAACAAGCAUUUGUAAAUGCUUGAGAAAAAUCAUCAAGUAUCCCUGACUUACAGUAACUGAGUCACCAAAGUGCCUGGCAGUUUUCCCAGAGGUUGUGAGAAAUCCCAUUCUCUAUAUAUGGACAUCCUAUCUCAAUCUCCCUCCCAUUUUCCCAGAACCGCACUUCCCUUUCCUUUUUGAGAGAAUAGAAACUGUUCCGUAUCAGAGCUAACCAAUGAGAAGCCUCUCCAACUAAAGUUUCAGACCAAUAGCAUUUAAGACAGUAAAAUGAAAAGUAGCUCAGAUGCAUAAGAGUUGGAUGUGGUACAUGUGGUACUGCAGAGCGCAGAGCUUGACAGAGAAAUAAGGAAGAAUGAAGCUGCAGUCAGACAAUUUCAAGGUGUUUUAUUUUGCCAGUGACUGUAUGGAGCCGUAUGUUGAGAUCAUCACACUGAAGGACUCCAAGCGGCGCCAGAGUCUGUGUAGCUCGCUGGACUCUGAGGCAGAGGAGCCCGAGUACCAGGAGGAAGAUGAAGGUGAUCUCCCUGUCCUGUGUGACCGCAGCCAUCUGCUGGAUGACCAACACCUGGAGAAACUUGCUGCUCACAUGCCAGCAAGGACCCAGGGCUAUCCUUGGCAACUGGUCUACAGCACAGCCAUCCAUGGGAGCAGUCUGAGGACUAUCUACAGGAAUACGACAAGCCUGGACAGCCCUGUGCUGCUGGUCAUCAAAGACAUGCAUAAUAAGGUGUUUGGGGCGUUUUCUUCUGAUUCAUUCAAAGUCAGUAAAUACUGCUAUGGCACAGGGGAAACCUUCCUGUUCAGCUUCAACUCUGACUUCCAGGUAUACAGGUGGAGCGGCGAGAACUCCUACUUUGUGAGCGGCAACUUGGAAUCUCUGCACAUUGGUGGAGGGGGGGGCGGAUUUGGCCUGUGGCUGGACGCUAAUCUGUACCAUGGUUCAAGCUUCUCCUGUCCCACAUUCCGCAAUGCGUCGCUCUCCACACAGGAAGACUUCAUUAUAAAAGACCUCGAAGUCUGGACUGUGGGAACUUAAGAGGACAACAUCUGAAAAGACCCCACUGUCCGGACUGGAGUUAGAAAACUUCCAAAAUGUCAAGGUGUACAUGUGGUUUUAGCCACUACUGUACAAACCCUGAAAGAGCAGGUGCUGUCAUCUGGGCACCUGGCUCAGAUUAGCCCACAUACAGAAGUAAAAGUCUUUUGGUUCUCAUGCUGGACUUUCUGUUUAUGCUGGUGUGAUCUGUGCCUGUUUAAGACAAGUGGCCAGAUGAAAUCCUGUAAUUCAGGGUCCUGCUGCUUUAAACUACCGGCUAUUCAUCAAUAGCCCCUUCCUAAGACCAGUCAGUCACUGGCAUCUGACGCUUUAAGCCCCCCCAUGCCCUCCCUUUGUGGUGGGGAGCAUUAUAAUACAAAGUUCACAGAAACAUUGUUGAAUAAGCGCAUUGAGGAUUUAAGGAAAUAUUUUUAUUUUUCUGUCGAACAGCCACAUGUUUGUGGAAUUUAAAAUGUGUUUACAGUAUGUGUAAGGUUCAUGAAACAUACUUGGCACAUAAGGGUCCGUAUAAACUAAAAGGUUAAACAAUUAAUUUAUUGGUAAAACACUGUAACGUGAUAGUACGCCCAAUUUCCUAAAUGUACUGUAAGCACUUGUUUUUUUUUCUAACGUGAUGUAUGGCUUUAAUGUUGUUCUCCAUUUGAAGACUACUGCUGCAGGUGAAGACCUAACCACUCAGGUCAAUAAAAGCAUUAGGUUGCACUAUAAACAACG